UAAAUGCACACAGUUGUGUUGAACAAACCAAGCAGAAGCAGACAUAAAGAAAAAUCUCUAUUAUCAGUGGAACUAUGUCGCAUCGUAACCGAAAUAACCACACCAAGGGAAGCACGCAAAAUGCCAAUCCUUGGCACCGAAACAAUACGGCCGAGGCAAACAAUCCCGCCCGCCAGCAACGACCAACAAAGCCAUCCGGAGCCGGUCCAAAUGCAACCAAUGUAACGUCGGCAUCGAAGAAACCAUCAACGGCGGAUGGAAAUUUUCUCAAACAUUCGGAAGAAAAAUUCAACCAAGCUCACCGCAAGCACCUAGAAUCGGCCAAAAAGUACACCCAGCAGUACGAAUCUAGCGAGGAGGAGGACGAGGGGGACAAUAGCAAUCAGGAUAUCCUGGUAACUGUGCUUAAAAAUUACACCGGAUCCAGCGGUGACAUCGGUAAAACACAGGAAUACUUGCAAAAUUUGCUGGAAUCCCGUUCGGCGGUAUGUCUCAUUUGCAUCGGAACGGUUAAACGAGCGGACUCGAUUUGGUCCUGCAAAAGCUGCUAUACCUUCUUUCAUCUGCUGUGCAUCCAACGAUGGGCAAACGAUAGCAUCUCGCAGAAGCGCAUCAGCCACGAGCUGCAGGAAGGCUACUACAACAAUCGGGGCGAAUAUGUGCCAAAACCGGCACUUUCCGUACACUGGGACUGUCCGAAGUGUCGAAAGGAGUACGAACCGGUUGACAUCCCAAGACAUUACGAAUGUUUCUGCGGCCGCGAGCAAAGCCCACAGAACCAUCUUUGGUUGAUUCCUCAUUCGUGUGGUGAAACUUGUGGCAAAAAGCUAGUGCCCGAAUGCGGUCACCGUUGCGUUCUGCUUUGCCACCCGGGACCUUGCCCGCCGUGUCCGCAGACAAUCGCCAUAUCCUGCAAAUGUGGUCAGUCGGCGGCAAAAACGAUUCGGUGUUCGCAGCGCAGCUGGACGUGCUUGAGAACGUGUAAGCUUAAACGCAACUGCGGAAUUCACGAAUGUGGUGAUAUAUGUCAUUCAGCUAACGAGUGUCCUCCGUGCAAGAGUAGAAGCCGUCAGAAGUGUCUCUGUGGAAACAAAACCAAGGAAGUCAACUGUUCCGAGGCACGCUGGCAGUGCGGCAAAAUAUGUGGAAAGCAAUAUGAUUGUGGGUUACAUCGUUGUGAGAAAGUUUGCCAUGAUGACGAGUGUGGUGAAUGCCCACAGGGCAUGCCACGGACGUGUCCCUGCGGGAAAACUAGCUCGGUUGCAUCCUGUUCCGAGGACAUCGGAACAUGCGGUGAUACUUGUCAAAAGUUUUUGGAUUGUCAAAUGCACCGGUGUAUCGAGCGUUGCCACCCGGGAGAAUGUGGCCAAUGCGUAGAAUUUACUAGAAAAUCCUGCCGGUGCGGAAACACCACUAAGGAAGUUGCCUGUCACAAGCAACUCAACUGUGAAACGAAAUGCAAAAAUACCAAAAGCUGCGGUAAGCAUCCUUGUAAUCGAAAAUGUUGCGAUGGAGACUGUCCACCAUGUGAUAAGCUUUGCGGUAAAACAUUACCUUGUGGAAAACACAAAUGCAGCUCUCUAUGUCACCAUGGCCCCUGCUAUCCGUGCAACCAAAAGGCAACCAUUAAAUGUCGAUGUGGUGGAACUACUUUGGAAGUUCCCUGUGGUCGUGAGAAAAAAACGGGUUCGGUCAAAUGCCGCCUACCGUGUCGUAUACACUCGAAGUGUCAUCAUUCUAAUCCGCACAAUUGUCACCAAGGGGACUGUCCGCUGUGUCAGCAGAUUUGCGGACUGCUAAACGACACGACUAACUGUGAGCACUCUUGUGCGGCUAAAUGUCACGAUGCAGUUCGAGUAGUAACGAAGGAUAAAAAUUUCAAGCCCGUAGGCCCGUGGGAUGUUCCAAUGGAAAUUGUUGAAAUCAAGAAGCUGCCCCAUCCACCAUGUGAAGAAAAAAUAUCGGUCACUUGUAUCGGCGGACAUGAAGCUUCCCUGUGGCCUUGUUACAAUUCGAAACCAACUUCUUGUGGACGACCUUGUGGUCGGGCACUGCGCUGUGGUGUUCAUACGUGUCAGUUACAGUGUCACACAGUAAAACGAAUUGACUCCACCGAGCAGGAUCCAAAGUGUCAGCCGUGUGAAGCCGGUUGUCAGAUACCACGACCGGCCGGUUGUGUUCAUCCCUGCAAGAGACCAUGUCACCCAGCACCUUGCAAUCCCUGCCAAGCUCCGACCAAAACUAGUUGCCACUGCGGGUUGACGCAAAUAUUCUACAAAUGUCACGAGUUUUAUGCUCCGGAUAAAACUGAGGAAGAGCUAAAUCUGUUCCGACAGAGCAUACUCAGUUGUGGACAAAAGUGUAUGAAAAACUUCCCCUGUGGUCACCGCUGCAACUCAACCUGUCACUCGGGCGAGUGCCCCAAUCCAGAACAAUGCAGCAAAAAGGUGAAAAUAACCUGCGACUGCCGGAACCGAAAAGUGGAAGUCAAUUGUAACACCGCUCGCAACAAGAGUAAAACCUUGGACUGCGACGAUAGUUGUGCCCUGAUAAAAGAAACCAAAAAGCAAGAACUAUCCGAGCUGGAGCUCCGCCGUAAGCAGCAGGAGGAGGCGGAAAAUCAGCGCGCUUUAGAGGAGUACGAAAGAAAGUUUGGUCGCAAAAAGUAUCGCGAGCGGAAGCGAGUUCAGGUGGAAGAAUCUAAAGACAGUAAUAUACUGCUAUACGUACUGUUAGCCGUUGGUUGUAUCAUCGUCGCUAUUGUGGCUUACUUUAUUCUAGCUAGUAAUAAGUAAUUGAAUCCGAUUUCAUCUGAGGUAGGUAAGUACUAUCAUUUCAUUUGUUUAGUUAGUUUAGUUUCUUUUUCUCUUCUCUCGUACUACGAUCUCGUUUUUCUUUGCGAACAAGAUCAUACACAUCAAAACGAACGUCAUAAUCUAUAUGUAUGGUACGAAAAACCAUCAGCGCAAUAAACGAAAUUAGCAACAUU